AUGCAUUGCAAAAAGAAAAAGAUAAAACGGCAAGAUGUAGUUUACGAUAACACGGACAGAGAUUUGAUACCAAAACGUGGAUAUUACUCCGAAUUGGUGUCCGAUAUGACUAAGGAACAUACAGCGAAACAAGUAUUUGCUAAGAAAAGAAUGAAACUUUUAUUACAAGCAAAAACAGAUAAACUAGCGCCAAUGGUGACAUCAUUGGCCAAACCACAAAAACCUAAGUUGUUACUACCUCCCGGAAGGUGGACUACCUACAGUGAAGAUGAUAGUGUUCAAUUUCCGUUUGAAACGUUUGUUCCGAAACUACAAUUUCUGAGCGUUGUUUUGCCAAAAGAACUUCCCAGACUUGUUAAAAUUGAAAGACUGCGGAGGAAAUUUCUUGCUGCAAAUAUUAAGAAAAUGUUAAGAGAACGUGGUGUACAACCUUUUGUUUUAAUGCCUCCAUCCGAAUAUCCUGUUUCGGAUGAAGAAUAUUAUGGUCUAUAUAGUCCAUAUCCAAAAAUGGACCUGGAAUUAUUUGAUAACACCGAUUUUGAUUGUAGAAUUCCAGAAGAAUGGCUGAGCCUUGGUUUUAUAGAAGGUGAACAAUAUCCCUGUCCAGGGCUAGCCUUUAUACCGAAACAAGAUGGAAAACCCCAUAAACCGUCUUCAGACCUUUUGCAAAUGCUUAACAACUUGUAUGAGUGGACAAACGUUGCCGCAUUUAGCUACGACAAAAAUACUGAUAAAUGGGAAGUAAUGGCGUUGGAUGGAACAAAGAGAUACUUCAAUAUACCACGAAUCCGUCUCAUGUUUAAAGCCGAUGAUCCGGACACGUUUGCAGAGAGAGUAAAAUUUGCAGUAAAUUUGCGGAAAGAAGUAGAGAAUAAUUUAAGAUUUUAUCUAUAUUUGGAUUGCCUCCUACUUGAUGGUCUACCAAGGAUGCCUUUGAGUUUCAUGCCGAAGAUAAUAGCACUUGUACUUAUACACCGAAGCGCAAAAAGUGUUGAUAAUGAUCACUUAAACGCAUUGAAACAAGAGGCUGAACUCUUAUACAGAAAAAUCGAGGGUAAGAUGAAAAUCAUUCACACGAUGCAGAUGUACCCGAAUUUAUACAACUUCAUUGAUCCUCCGAGCAAAGACUAUGUAGCUCCUGUUCCAGAUUACGGUCGCUAUCCAUGUGAUAUGGUAGAUUUUGAUGACCGUAUGAAGUUUAAUCAGUGGAAAUCUCUUUACGUACUCACGGAGUCUGUCAGUUGUAUACAUUUGGUUGUGGAGGAGUGUCUUAAGGUGGAGGGUAUGUUGUUUUUCACGUCCAACUAUGGCAGAAACGUAAGUCUUGCGGAGUUUGACGCAGCUCAACAGCAUUGCACCUCAAUGAUGUUAAAAUAUCUAAACAUAACAUGGUUAAAUGCUACUGCACACGCUAUUCGAAUGUCAUACAGAGACGUGGGCAAGGGAUGGUUUAAUAUCUACGAAAAGAAAUGGGAUUUCUACGGUAUAAGUAAGCUUAGUAGAUUCAUGCAGUUGGUGAGAUUUCGCAUGCAGUACGCGCUAAGAUACUGUUUGGAGCAAUCGAUGGCCAUGUUCGUAGCCCUGUGUGAGACACCUUGUCUUUGCACAUAUUGGUGCGAAGAUGAUUAUGAAUGGGACCCAAAAGAUCUCAUAAACACUCCGUUUAGAACUCCUACUACAUUAUUCUACUUUCAUCUAAUGAUGUCUGCCGAUGGCCCCUAUUAUACCACUCCACCAGAACAAUUUGAGAUCGUGAUCCAACGUCUGUUUAGAGAAAUGUUGUACAGAUGUCAUUUCAUACCUCAAGUGCAUCCUAAAAUAAUGACUGGACUCGUCUUUGAUAAGGAGCUCUUCCUUACUUCUAUAGGAUUAAUGGAACCGAAUGUCGUCGAAUAUAGAGACAGACUGUUGAAGGCUUAUAGGAAGGCGAUAAUACCCUUAAUAGCUUACAUGCAUCAAUACGACUGCUACAAGGACAUAUAUAUGUUGGAUAUUGAGGAAUACGUUGAGAAUUUUCGUCAAGAGAAGCACAGCGCGUCGGAAACUAGAGAAGAAAUUCAAACUCAUUAUGAUGCUAAGCAAGAUUUGAUUUGGCGUCUACCACAGUAUAUUAAUAUUGGUCCAUUCGCUAUAAACGUGGACACUCUAAAGCAAAUGUUGGUAACAAAACGAUCAGAUAUCAUAAAGGCGCUACUAACAAUGUGGGCAGAGGAAGUCCGUGUUGUUGUUGAAGACGUUAUACAAGCAUACAAAAACAUUAUGAGAAAACUUGGAGAGAAGCCAAACACUAUUGAACACGUAUUUGAAAUACGGGAGUGGAUGGAGUCUAUACCAUUUUCAUUAAAGACUCAAGAUGACAUAAUGAAGAAAGUGCAUACGGAUUAUGAAGUGCUUGAUGUAUUUUUCACGCCAUUAGAAAAUGAAGACUUCAGAAGCUUGUGGGAGGCUAUCGGGUGGCCUUUAAAUAUUACCAAACAAAUGGAUGCAACAACCGAUUUUCUUGAAGAAGAACAAGAGAAGUUUUGGAAGCUCCAUCAACAAGAUGAACAGACAUUGUUUGACAAAAUUGAUAUGUUUACGUCUCAGUGUAUGGCGCUAACCUUACAGAAUGAUUUUGCAAAGAUACAUGAAAUAGCAAACGACAUAAAGAAAGCUUGGAAAGGUAUGAAGGAAUCACAAGAUUGGGGAAGAGUUCUCAAUCAAAGACAGAAGUUGUUUGGACAGCCAGUUGUACCUUUUGCGGAUCUCAAUAGAUUAGUGAAAGAAUUUGAACCAUACAGAAAUUUGUGGGUCACUGCUUCUGAUUUCCUCAAGGCUCGUGAAGUAUGGUUUGAUAAUCCUCUCAUAUAUGUGGACGCAGAUUCAAUAGAACCUUUAGUUAAUGACUACUACAAAACUAUUAUUAAAUGUAUUCGAGUGUUUGCCGAUCUUCCUAAAGUACAGCAAGUGGCACUGACAAUACGGGAUGAUAUGGACGAGUUUAAACCGUUGAUACCAGUUAUCCAAGCUGUUAGGAAUCCUGGAAUGAAAGAACGACACUGGAAUGAAUUCAUGGAAAAAGCUGGUAUAACGGUAACAAUGAACGAGAAACAGACGUUCGCAAUGUGUCUGAAGCAAGGAGUGGCUCAACAUGCUGAAUUGAUUGCUGAGAUUGGUGAACUAGCCAGCAAGGAGUACGUCAUAGAACAGGCACUCGAUAAAAUGCUUAACGACUGGGCGGCCAAGACGAUGGAAGUGUCUCCAUAUAAAAACACUGGCACGUUCAUAAUGAAGAUUGCUGACGAAACUCUCCAAUUAUUGGAUGAACAUCUUUUAACUACACAACAAUUAGGAUUCAGUCCUUUCAAAGCAGCUUUCGAGCUACGAAUACAGGAAUGGGAUGAUAAGCUUCGGCUUACACAAAAAGUUGUUGACGAAUGGAUUGAAUGUCAAAAGGAGUGGAUGUAUUUAGAGCCAAUAUUUACUUCUGAAGAUAUAUCACGACAAUUACCGCUUGAAGCUAAAAAGUACGGCACUAUGGAGAGAAUAUGGAGACGAAUUAUGUCAUCGGCAGUAGCAUGUCCAAAGAUAAUGAUUAUAUGUCCGGAUAGCCGUCUUCUAGACAGCUUGGUUGAAGCUCGUCAUUUACUGGCUGUUGUAUCACGAGGUCUGAAUGAAUAUAUGGAACUUAAACGAGUACGGUUCCCGAGAUUCUUCUUCCUUAGUGAUGAUGAAUUGCUGGAAAUAUUAUCUCAAUCUCGCAACCCAAGAGCAGUGCAACCCCAUCUUAGAAAAUGCUUCGAGAAUAUUGCUAAGGUAACAUUUGAACCGGAUCUAAAGAUAACUCAAAUGCAUUCAAGUGAAGGUGAAAUCGUGGAGUUGAAGUACAAAUUUUAUCCUACUUCAAAUGUCGAGCAGUGGCUACUUCUACUAGAAGACACUAUGCGACACACAAUCCGUCUGACUUUGGUGGAUUCAAUGGUAGAACUAUGGCAGUUACCUCGUGAUCAGUGGGUACUGCGAUGGCCGGGGCAGGUUGUGAUUGCGGGAUCACAAACAGCUUGGACAGCGGGAGUUGAACAAGCUAUAUCAGAAUACAGAAUGGAUGAAUACUUUGAGGAAAUGCUCAAACAGUUGGAUAGUCUUCGUGCCCUAGUUAAAGGUGAACUAACUUUCUUCCAACGCGAAGUUUUAUGUGCCCUGAUAGUUAUCGAAGUGCAUGCUCGUGAUGUUACAAAGACACUAGUUGAUGAAAGCGUCAAGAAUGUUACUGACUUCCAAUGGAUAUGUCAGUUGAGGUAUUACGAAAUCGUAAAAGAAAUGAUACCGCUUGAGGAAGGUGAAUUACCGGAGAUAUAUCAAGACGAGGAAAGAUUAGACACUUCAUUGUACUAUCGUCAGUUCAGUCAGAAUAAAUGUGACGUUCGCGCACUGAAUUCUAUCUUCACUUAUCAAAACGAGUACUUGGGAAAUAGCGGUCGUCUGGUCAUCACGCCGCUAACUGAUAGAUGUUAUUUGACCUUGAUGUGCGCAAUGCAUCUCAAAUUCGGUGGUGCACCGGCAGGUCCCGCUGGUACAGGAAAAACUGAGACAACUAAGGAUUUAGCCAAAGCACUGGCUGUUCAAUGUGUGGUAUUCAAUUGUUCAGAUCAGCUCGAUUACAUGGCUAUGGGAAAGUUUUUCAAAGGACUAGCAGCAUCUGGUGCCUGGGCUUGUUUCGAUGAGUUUAAUAGAAUUGACAUUGAAGUGCUAUCUGUCGUCGCUCAACAAGUCGUGACGAUACAAAAGGCGCAAAUAGCUCGUCAGGAAAAGUUUAUUUUCGAAGGCUGUGAGCUUCCCUUAAAAGCUUCCUGUUCAGUUUUUAUUACUAUGAACCCUGGAUAUGCGGGCAGAACGGAGUUACCAGAUAAUCUGAAAGCAUUGUUCCGUCCUAUUGCAAUGAUGGUGCCGGACUACGCUCUUAUAGCAGAAAUUUCUUUAUUUUCAUAUGGUUUCUACGACGCCAAGAUUCUGGCAGGAAAAAUUACUACAACGUUUAGAUUGAGCUCUGAACAAUUGUCCUCUCAGGAGCAUUACGAUUUCGGUAUGCGAGCCGUGAAGACAGUAAUCCUUGUGGCCGGUAAUCUAAUACGUCAGAUGCCCGACGGAGAUGAGAGACAAAUAGUAUUAAGAGCAUUACGAGAUGUGAAUGUACCCAAGUUUCUAGCUGAUGAUCUUGUUUUGUUCAAUGGUAUUAUAUCAGAUUUGUUCCCAAGAGUUGAAAUUCCGAUAGUGGACUAUGGUAUCAUGGAACAGUCCAUAAGAAAUAUGCUCAUCAAAAGGGGCUAUGAUGACUUAUACACUUUUAUAUUCAAAAUAAUUCAGUUAUAUGAAACGACUGUAGUGCGACAUGGUCUCAUGUUAGUUGGUCCUGCAGGAGUUGGAAAAACUAAGUGCUAUGAGAUCUUACGUGAUGCUUUGACAGCCAUAAAGGGAAAGUUAGCACCAGAUGGAUUUCCUUUUACUCCGGUUCAUACGUCAGUGGUCAACCCCAAGUCUAUCACCAUGGGACAAUUGUAUGGGGAAUUUGAUUUGCAAACUCAUGAAUGGACCGAUGGUAUUCUUUCAAGUCUGGUUCGAGCUGGAAUCGCAGUUGAGGAUACUGAUCGUCGCUGGUACGUGUUUGAUGGACCUGUCGACGCUGUGUGGAUAGAAAAUAUGAACACUGUCUUGGAUGAUAAUAAGAAGUUAUGUCUGUCAAGUGGAGAGAUCAUGAAGCUAACUGAUCGUCAGCGUAUGAUAUUCGAAGUAGCUGAUUUAGCUGUGGCUUCGCCAGCAACUGUAUCCCGUUGCGGGAUGGUAUAUCUUGAUACACAGGUUGUAGGUUUGCCCCCAUUAGUAAAUGCUUGGAUGAAAAGUAACCUUCCAUCGAUCGCAGACAGUAUCCGAAAGCUUCUUCCCAACCUCAUAACAACAUAUCUCUAUCCUUCGUUAGCAUUCUUGAGAUCUAAAUGUCAUGAAAUUGUUGUUUCUAUCGAUUCGGCCCUAGUACUUAAAUUCCUGGAACUCUUAGACUAUAGAUUAAGACCUCUUACUGGUAAAGACGACAGACCGCCUCCCGGGGCACCAUUUUUAGCACUCAUGCCGCGACUUGCACCGUGUUGGGUUAUCUGGUCAUUAAUAUGGUCCGUGGGAGCCACUUGUGAUCACAACGGUCGAGCAUUGUUUUCCGAUUUCAUAAGAAACCUUAUGACCGAAAACGAAACCAAGCCUCCAUUUCCCAAGGAAGGGCGGGUGUAUGACUACACACUUCAUGAUGGCGGUUUCACUGAUCCUACCGAAGAUGGUGAACCAGCAAACCCAUUUUGGUAUAAUUGGAUGGAAAAUCUUGAAGAAUAUGAAGUAGAUCCUGAAUGGCAAUAUGCAGAUAUCGAGGUACCAACGCUAGAUAAUGUGAGAAGCGCAGCGAUUCUGGGAUAUAAGAUAAUAAAUUACAAUCAUGUGAUAUGUGUCGGCCCUACCGGCACUGGCAAGACUGUGACGAUAAGUUCAAAGUUAUCUCGAGGGUUGCACAAGAAAUUUAUCUGUGAGUUCCUGGUGUUUUCUGCGAGGACAUCUGCUAAUCAGACUCAGGACGUUAUUGAUAGUAAGUUGGAACGUCGUCGUCGCGGAGUCUUUGGUCCACCGCCUACCAAGAGACAGGUUUUUUUCAUAGAUGAUCUCAACAUGCCUGCCUUAGAAGUGUACGGUGCCCAGCCUCCAAUUGAACUACUUCGGCAGUUUAUGGAUUUUUCCGGUUGGUACGACCGUACAAAUAUUGGUGAGUUUAAGACUUUGGUUGACGUGGGUAUGGUGGCAGCAAUGGGACCUCCAGGUGGGGGCCGAAAUCCUGUCACUAUGAGAUUAAUGCGACAUUUUCACUAUAUAUCAUUCACUGAAAUGGAAUACAAUAGCAAGUACGGAAUAUUUAACACGAUCUUAAAGUCUUGGACACGUAAUUUCGACAAUAAUGUUUCAAUUAGAGAGGAUGCAUUUUUGAAGAGCUCCAUUGAGGUGUUUAAUUCCUUAGUCGAAGAAUUAUUGCCCACACCAACUAAGUCACAUUACACUUUUAAUCUUAGAGACCUUAGUAAGGUUUUCCAAGGAAUGUUGAUGUUGGACCCUCAUCACGUAAAGAACGAAGACGAUGUGAUUAGACUGUGGUAUCAUGAACACCAACGUGUGUAUCAAGAUAGAUUGGUCAAUGCAGAAGAUCGGGAUUGGUUUGUUAAGCUAUUAAAUAAAAAGAUCACCACUGAAUUCAAAAAGAAACCAUCUGAGGUGAUAGGAGGUAGAUUGAUGUUGUUUGGUGACUUCAUGGACAUAGGCACUGAUGAUAAAAAAUAUAUUGAAAUUGUUGAUCAAGAAGAGCUGGAUGAGGUGUUAGCUCACUAUCUCGAUGAUUAUAAUUUAUCUACCACGGCUCCUUUGAAUCUGGUUUUGUUCGAAGAUGCUGUAGCUCAUUUGUGUCGUGUUGCAAGAAUCAUGAGACAGCCAAUGGCCAAUGCUCUUCUAUUGGGAAUGGGUGGAUCUGGACGUCAGUCAUUAUCCCGGCUAGCGGCAAACAUGGCUGAAUUACAGUGCGUGCAGAUAGAAAUAACAAAAGCUUACGGACAGUCAGAAUGGCGAGAUGAUCUCAAACAAACUAUGAUGAAAGCUGGCGCUGAAAACAGGGGAAUAGUAUUUUUAUUUUCAGAUGCACAGAUUAAAAUGGAAUCAUUCCUUGAAGAUCUAAACAAUAUUCUAAGUUCUGGUGACGUUCCUAAUAUUUAUGAAGCCGAAGACCUUGACACCAUCUUCAUGUCAGUCCGACAUGCUGUCAUGGAAAUGAAUCUAACGGCUACUAAAACAAACCUCUUCGCUUGUUAUCAACGUAGAGUGAGGAGCAAUUUACAUAUUGUCAUUGUUAUGAGUCCUGUUGGAGAGAUUUUCCGAGCUCGUCUUCGCCAAUUUCCUUCUUUAGUCAAUUGUUGUACUAUAGACUGGUUUAGUGAAUGGCCAAAGUCGGCCUUGGAAUCUGUGGCAAAACAUUUUUUCAAUAAUAUGACCGAGCUCCAGACAACUGAUGAAGUUAUUGAUUCUUUGGUGUCAGUUUGCUGUUUCGCUCAUCAAAGUGUGGUAGACGCCUCUACUCGUUUCUUGGCGCGUCUUAACCGCCUUAACUAUGUCACCCCUAUGUCCUACAUGGAGAUGUUGGGUGCCUAUGCUGAGAUGUUCAAAAAGAAGCAGAAAUCUAUACUGAAAGAAUCUUAUGCACUUAAAAAUGGCUUGAAUAAGUUAAAUCAAACUGAAGUAGAAGUUAAGCAACUACAAAUUGAACUAGCUGAACUGAAACCAUUAAUGGAAAAGGCAGCAGAGGAGACUAGAAAAGUGAUUGAGCAAAUAGCCAUUGAUACGGAAAUAGCAGAGGAAGCCAGGAUUAAAGUUGAAAAAGAACAAGCUAUAGCUGAAGUUAUGGCUAAGGAGACAUCUGCUAUGGCUGAAGAUGCACAAAGGGACCUAGACGAAGCAAUGCCAGCGCUUCGAGCGGCUGAAAAGGCGUUACAGGAAUUAAAUCGUAAUGACGUUGUUGAAGUAAAAGCUAUGAAGAAACCUCCUGCAGGAGUCGUUCUUGUUAUAGAAUCACUUUGUGUGGUGUUUGAUAUUAAACCUAUUAAGGAACCGGGAGCGUCUUUUGGACAAAAAGUUCUAAAUUACUGGAAGCCUGGUUCCCAAAUGUUAGCCGACCCCACAGCUUUUUUGGACUCACUUAUGAAAUAUGACAAAGAGUCGAUUACCGAAGAUAUGAUUAAAAAACUUAAAAAGUAUGUCAAUGACCCCAGUUACGAACCAACGAAGAUUUCUAAGGUAUCAAAAGCUUGUAUGUCUCUUUGUAUGUGGGUUCACGCAAUGUACAAAUUCUAUCACGUAAAUAAGGCAGUUGCACCCAAGAAAGAAGCACUUGACCGCGCUACUAAAGAACUGGCUGCUGUUGAAGCAAUGUUGGCAAAUGCGAAAGCAAAGAUGCAGGCUCUUUUAGAAGGCAUAGCAAAAUUAAAUGCGUAUCUUCAAGAAAAAGAAGAAGAGAAACGAAAGAUGGAAGAAGAUAUCAAUCAAUGUCUAGCGAGAAUGGAUAGGGCUAACAGACUAUUAAAUGGUUUAUCUAGCGAAAGAGUUCGUUGGAUCAAAACCAUUAAAGACUUGGACAUCGCUCAAGUGAACCUCAUUGGCGAUAUUAUGCUUAGUGCCUGUGCUGUUGGGUAUAUCACCCCAUUUACUGAUGAAUUCAGAAGAGAACUCUUAUCAGAAUGGAUAACUCAUAUUUCGGAGGUCAAGGUCCCGCAUACUGAAGGUGGCACUCCACUUUCCAUACUUGGCGAUGAAGUUGUCAUUAGAAAUUGGCAAAUGUACGGACUACCUCGCGAUCCACUUUCUGUUGAGUCAGCUGUUUUGAUGUCCAACUCACGUCGUUGGCCACUCAUCAUAGAUCCACAGACACAAGCUAAUAAGUGGAUAAGAGCUAUGGGCAAAAUCGAAGGUUUAGUAAUUUGUAAGCCUAAUGACAGAGAUUUGUUACGGAACUUUGAAUCUGCUCUCCGGUUUGGGAAACCACUUUUAUUGGAAAAUGUAGCUCAAGAGCUUGACCCGGCUUUAGACCCUGUGUUGAAGCGACAAUACUUCCGCCAAGCGGGGCAACUAGUUCUCAAACUUGGGGACUCUCUAAUCCCUUUUUGUGCGGGAUUCCGUUUAUAUAUAACAACAAAGUUACCUAAUCCAAGGUAUACCCCUGAAGUCUCGGUCAAAGUUCAAAUUGUUAACUUUGCUUUAGUGCCCAGUGGUUUAGCAGAACAAUUAUUAUCUAUAGUAGUGGCUCAAGAGCGACCAGAUUUGGAAGAAUUAAGAGGUCAACUCAUCGUGUCUCGAGCUCAGCUAGCAACACAAUUAGCGGAAAUGCAAUCUGAUAUUUUGUAUGGCCUGUCUAACAGCGAAGGAUCUCCAGUAGAUGAUUUGCCUCUUAUAUUAACUUUGGAGGCUAUUAAAAUCAAGAGUGCUGAAAUUUUGAUAAAAGUAGAAGAUAUGGAGCGGACAUCAGCUGAAAUUGAUGAAGCGCGUUUGGGCUACGUGCCAGUGGCUAAUCGAGGUCAAAUUCUGUUUUUCUGCUUGUCUGGGAUGGCGAAUGUUGAUCCUAUGUAUCAAUAUUCAUUGGAAUGGUUCAUAAAACUCUUCGUAAGGAGUAUGGCAGAAACCGAACCAAAUGAGGAUAUAAUCGAAAGAGUUGAAAUCAUUAUUGACCAUUUCACAUUUCUGUUAUACCAAAACGUAUGCAGGAGUUUAUUCGAAAGACAUAAGCUUUUGUUUGCUUUUUUGCUUUGUGCUAGAAUUUUGUUGGACAAGGGAGUUAUAAGAUUCCAAGAAUUUAAUUUCUUAUUAAUCGGAGGAAAAAUUGAAGAGGAACUUGAGAACCCUGAACCAAAGUGGAUAUCUCCUCGGAUGUGGUUGGAUAUGCUACAGUUGGCGACAUUGCCAACGAUGCAUCAAUUUGUGAUGGACUUUCCGCAACAAACCAAAUUCUUUAAAAAUUAUUAUGACGCGUGGAAUCCUCAUAAACUUCCGUAUCCAAAAGGACUAGAUUCCCAACUAGAUGCGUUUCAGAAGCUACUUGUUCUGAAGUGCUUACGACCUGACAAAUUGAUUCCUGGUCUUCAGGACUACGUAGUAGCAGGUCUUGGGGCCCGUUUCGUUGAACCGCAGCCAGCAGAUCUUGCAGCUCUAUACGCUGAGUCUGAUCCACUCGCUCCUAUAAUUUUCGUUCUCUCCACCGGGACUGAUCCAGCUGCUGACCUAUUGAAAUUUGCCGACAAAAUGAAGAUGGGCAAAAGAUUUGAAAGUAUUUCGUUAGGACAAGGUCAAGGACCGCUAGCCGAAGCUAUGAUGAAAGUUGGCUGUGAUUUUGGUAACUGGGUAUUUUUCCAGAAUUGCCAUUUGUCUCCAUCGUGGAUGCCAGUCCUGGAGUUAAAUGUGGAGCAAAUAGUCCCAGAAGUAGUUCAUAAGGACUUUCGGCUGUGGCUCACAUCAACACCUUCACCCUUCUUUCCUGUGGCGUUAUUACAGAACGGAUAUAAAAUGACAGUGGAACCACCCAGGGGAAUUAAAGCCAAUUUAUUAAAAGCAUAUAUGAAUCAAGUCCCUGAUUUUCUUGAAUAUUUUAAUUCAUCAGACACCAAAGUUCCUAAUUUUAAGUGGCUUCUAUUUUCACUAUGCCUAUUCCAUGGUGUAGUUCUAGAAAGAAGGAAAUUUGGACCUCUUGGUUUUAAUAUACCAUACGAAUUCACGGAUGGUGAUCUUCGUAUUUGCAUUUCUCAGCUUCACAUGUUUUUGACUGAAUACCAUGAAGUUCCAUUGCGGAUGUUAACAUAUACAGCGGGUCAUAUUAACUAUGGUGGACGAGUCACUGAUGAUUGGGAUCGUCGGUGUCUAUUGUGUUUGUUGGCUGAUUAUUACACUACUGCUGUUCUCAAUGAUAGAUGGAUAUUCGAUGAGAGUGGUGCUUAUAAACAGCAACAAUCUUCAUCCACGAUUGAUGACUACACUCGUUAUAUACGCACCUUACCACUGAACGAUGACCCUUCGUUAUUCGGAUUGCACGCUAACGCCAAUAUCAGUUACGCUAUGUCUGAGACGAGCUCUUGUAUAAAUACCUUGAGCAAUCUUCAACCAAAAGAAGUAAGUGGCGAAGGAGAUCUCACAGCCGAAGAGAUGACAGAAAAUGCUGCAAAAGAUAUUCUUAGUGUGUUACCUCCUACGCUUGACGUUAAAUACAUCGCUGCAACCUACCCCGUGUCUUAUAAAGAGUCUCUUAAUACAGUACUCAUUCAAGAAGCCAUCCGAUACAAUAAGCUUUUGGCUGUUAUUAGCAGUUCCCUUCAUGACCUACAAAAGGCGCUUAAAGGUUUGGUUGUUAUGUCGGAAGCUCUAGAAAGUAUGUCCGGAAGUUUGGCUAAAAACGCUGUUCCAAAUAUGUGGAGCGCUAAGGCUUAUCCUUCGCUUAAACCACUAGCGGCUUGGGUGAAAGAUUUAUGUCUCCGAGUACAAUUUAUGCAACAGUGGGCUGAUGGUGGGAUUCCUAAGGUGUUUUGGAUUUCUGGAUUCUACUUCCCCCAGGCAUUCCUUACUGGUGCAUUACAAAACUAUGCUAGAAAACAUGUUAUUGCAAUUGAUACCAUCGCUUACGCUUUUGAGGCUCUUAACGCUCCGCCAGCGAAGAAACCAGAGGAUGGUUGCUGUGUCCGAGGCCUAUUUUUAGAAGGUGCUAGAUUUAAUAUUGGUGAUAUGACAUUAGAAGAAAGCAGGCCUAAGGAGCUACAUACUGAAAUGGCAAUCAUAUAUAUGAAACCGGAACAAAAUCACCGUCUAGCGCAAGGUUUAUACGAAUGUCCGACAUACAAGACACUCGUUAGAGCCGGGACACUCUCAACCACUGGACACUCGACCAACUAUGUAAUGACUAUUGAACUGGCGACUCAUAAGCCACAAUCUCAUUGGAUAAAGCGUGGCGUUGCUUUAUUCUGUGCUUUGGAUUAUUGA